UAUUCCCUUAAACUCGUCCUUAAAGUUAAAAACACAAACGCGUCCGUUGUUUAUUUACGGUACCCGUUUAUUUACACGUAUUUUAAUAUUGACGUGCAAUUUUGGAUAACAUUUUAUAAAGAGCGAUGUUCUAUUGGUAAGUAGCCUCAACAACUCGAGUUUAUUUAUAGAUAUUCGGUUGUAUCCGCUUGUUAAAUCAAUACUGUGUUGUGAUAAAUGCACUUUGUAAAGCUGUGAAAGUUAUAAAUGCGUUAUGUUUUAUUGCGAAAAUAACGUUUCCCAUCGUUCAUUAUUCAGGAAAAUAUGAAAAACAUCUCAACAUAAUGGUUAGAUAUUGUUGUAAUGAUGGUGUUUGUAAGUUGAAAAGUCAUUGGAAUUGUAUAUUUAAUUUCUCUUCAAUAAAAUUACCCCACCCAUUUUGAAAUGGUGGUUGAUAAUAAUACACGUUUAUAUUGGGACACGCGUUACGUUUUUGUACAAAGAUCGGAAAGAUUUAACUUCCGUGUAUUGAAAUUGUGUGAUGUGUGAUAUUACUGAAGGAUAAUGGAUAUUAAUGAAUGAAUGCAUUCUCAGAAAGUGACGUGCUUUACAUACAAGUAAGCACUGGCACUUCAGAGAAUUGUUCAAAAACUCCAUUGGAUUUUAAAUGAAAUGCAGUGGUCUACGCCAGAUGUUUGCGGACGGGCAUAUUCCCUUUAGAGGCAGAUAUCACAUUCUGGGCGACAGUGGAUAUGCAUGUUCAGAAUGGCUGCUUACACCAUAUCUGAAUCCACAGCCAGGUAGUCAGAGUGCCUACAACAGAUCAUUGAAGAUUACACGGGCAAAAGUAGAAAGAGGAAUCGGACAACUGAAAAGAAGGUGGGGUGUGUUACAUGGUGAAGUUAGAAUGAAACCAGAAAGAGUCUGCAGGAUUAUCAUCUCCUGUGCAGUGUUGCAUAACAUCUGCAAAGACCUGAACAUUCCGAUACCUGAUGAUUAUCCAGUAAUACAGGAAGAUGAUCAGAACGAUGAUAACAACAAUAUGGAUGCAGGAGUUGCACAAAAUGGACUGCGUUACCGGGAUCAAAUUGCUAAUACAUACUUUUAGAUAUUAUUUGAAGUUUCAUGUGAGGCUUAGAAAACUAGACACACAAGCCUUGGCCACUAUUAAAUAAAAAUAUUACAGGUUCUUGGUAACAAAUAUACAGCAGCAAAUAAUAACAUAAUGGUAACAUCUUAAACAGUUUAUUUUUUGAUGCUGUAUUAAAGGGGCAUAUCUUCAGUAUUUUUCUUUAUAGUUAAAUUUUUAAGUUCCUUUUUUAAUGAUUAUAAAUCGUGAGGAACAAUACUUGCUAGUUGAAAUUGUUAAGAAAAAAUAUAGCUACAGAAACUUAUAACUCACAAGCUUGGAUGAGUUUUUUCUACUCUGACGUACUGUGAAAUGUCUAUUAUUGUAAUUGAGCAUGCACAUUUCAUAAUACUUAUGUACAUGAUUUUAUCAUAAAUAGUAAACUACUACAAUUUUCCAGCAAUUUUGAAAAGUGUCCUGGGGAAAACUGGUUACAAUUAUUAAAAUACAUAGAGAAUAUGUGUUACUGCAGGCUCAAUGUUGUAAGAAAUAAGUUUUUGUUAUGUAUCAAUUUAUUUCCGAAUAUGAAAUACUGUUCUGGCCAUUGAUAUGCCCCUUUAAAUAUCAAAUUGUUCAAAACACAGUUAAAGGGGCCGUCCAACAGAUUUUGACAUGUAUUGAAGCAUGUAAUUAAAUGCUUUAUAUUGAUAAAUUUAAACAGUUGACCUGGAGUAAAAAGUCUCCCACCCAUACCACUCCACCAUCCAUGCUCAUGCUUAGAGCGCAUGUAGUUUUUACCUAUAUUAUAAGCAAUCCUCGUAAUUACCCAAAAUAUAACUACAACAACAGAACUUUCCAAAUUAUUCAAUUGUUUCGCGUCGCACAACACUUUAUAAUUUUCAGUUUUUCAAAUAGUCAAAAGAUGCAUAUAAUGGAUAUUUAAGAGCAUGGUAAAUGGUUAGUAUUACUAUUUCCUCCAAAAAUAUUACAACAAAAACGAAAAUUUGCGAAUCUGAAACAACUUUUUAAAUUUUGUCAAAUUACCAAUCUGUUGGACGGCCCCUUUAAUAAAUUCAACUUCAUUCCUCAUAAUUUAACUGCCUCUUUAGAAGUUUUAUUUGGAGUGUUAGCUUUUCUUCUUUGAGUUUUUGAACUCUAGUAUGGCAACCGCAACUGCAGCAGACAGUUUCUAUUGUUGCAUUACUGUAAUGAAAAUCA